AUGUCGUCGGGAAAUCAGCCUCUGAUGAGGUGGAGCGGAAACGCUAUGGUCGGGCGGCACAAGAAGGCACUACGGAAGAACGAAGUCGAAUUCGUCCCCUCCAUCGAUCAACCUGCCUAUUACGAUCCACCCCGUCAACGGUCUUCCUCUCCCGAGCCCGCUCGCUUUGUCACCAAUAUCGGCAACAAAGAGCACCCCGCAGCGCGUUUCGCUCGUCGCGGCAAGAUCGACUCUUGGGGUCCGUCUUACGAGGAGGUCCGGACGCUGGAUCACGUACGGAAGCGGAUGAAGGUGUGCGUGGAGCAAUUUAUGCCUUCAUCCGCGGCGGAUGCGGGGCUGACAUUGCCCCCAAACGUGGCGGAACGGAAGAGGAAGCGGGCAGAGGAGAAGAGGGAGGAGGCGGAGCGCAAGUCGUACUUGCUUCCCCACCUGCGAAGUCCUUCGCCACCGCAGACGACGGACCAGCUCGCCCCGAUGCUAGCGAUACCCACCUCGUACCUAGACAUCAUGAUGAGCCCGUCGAUGCGUCAUACCCUCGGCGACGACUCGGUCGAGCAGGGCCUGCAGCGCACGGCGAGCGAUCUCCUCGAAUGCGAGAAGCCCCUCAUGCAGGCUCUCGGCCGCUUGACGGACGUCUUCCGCCUACUCGAGCGGGACGUCCCAGGCAUCCCUGUCACCCAGCCCACCCCCAUGUCGCACGAGGCUACUCAGCACCGGUUCCGACACUGCAUCCCCGAUCUGCCACAUGUCUCGGAGCAGGACAAUCUCUGGCGGGUCGUCCAGGAGCUUGUCCAGAACCCCCAACCCCCUACCAUCAAAUACGAAAUUACCAGUCCCGACAACCUCCAUCUUCCUGCCACUCAAGAGGAGAUCUCCGCUCUCAAUCUCACUCCCCUCGAGCGCCUCUUUACCCAUCCCAACGGAAUCACCGUCUCCGCCGCCCCACCCUCCACUCACCCAUACCUCUCCCUCGACCGGCAUCACCCCUCAUACCCUCCCACGGUCCGAUACAAUAUCGACGCGGCCAAGCAGCGGAUAGCGGUGAAUGAUGCGUUCGAGCGCAUCAAGGAGUUGUUGGCGGAUUGUGACGAGUACAAGACGAGGUUGGAGGAGGCCCGAGGGAGGAUUGCGGAUGUGGCGCGGGCGAGAAAGAAGGUGUGGUCGGUCAUUAAGGAGAGGGCGGAGCAGGAGAUGGACAGGUAUGAGGGCAAGCUGGGCGAGGUGAUCGGGGGUCAGUUGUUGUAG